AUGAAGUGUUUACUUGUUUGCUUAUGCAGUCAGAGCCUCUCGCUUAAAUGUAGAUGGUUGGAUCAAAAGUUCAAAGAAACAAAUGCAAUCUGUUUGGGGCUGUUGCACAUCAUGGGUGGAGAUUUUACAGAGGAGAUGAGGAACAUUCCAGCCUUUCCAGAGGGCUUGUACACACAAACAUCUAACGCAGCAGGUGAUGAUAAGGCUUGGUUUAUGCUUCAAGUUCUUGAGGAGAUCCUGGAGUUGUUCAAUGAAGACCUUGACUCUGUUACUUGGGAGGAAAUUAGACUGGAACAUUUCCUCUCUGUUUUGGAUACACAGAAAGAGGGGCUGAAGUCAUGUAUUGUGACCAAGAAGAAGAAGAGCAAGAAACUGCAAAUGUACUUCAAGAGACUGGAAAACCAUAUCCUGAAAGAGAUGGGUUACAGUGCUAAAGCAUGGGAGCUGAUCAGGAAGGUAGUCAGAAGACACUUGAACAGACUGGAUGUCAUUUAAAGUCUAAGCAAUGAUGUUUGAUGUUCAUAUUUAUAUUAAAUUAUUAUAGCUUAUGUCUAUUAUGCAGUUAAAGGGUUUUAUAUGUAUAUUUAUUGAUGCAGUGAUUCUAGAUGGAGAAAUACCUGUAUGCAUGACAUAUUUAUUAUGUUCUAUUUACUGUUAUUUAUUAUAUUGGAGAGCUGAGACAUGUAAGUUAUUUAAAAUAAUUAUGUUACAGUAAGAGGUGGAUGACAACAUUCAUGAAUACAUUUGAAGUAUUUACAGAUUACUGCUGUUUCCACCAACUUUAUUAAUAAAUGCAU